AUGAUUCAUAAACUCGGAUCGUCUUUUUUGAAGGGGCCAUUUCGGAUAAUGAGACCUCUUUUGCUUUCAAGGGGGGUUGCUCAAAUUACUUCAAUACAUGCUAUUCCAUCAAUGAAAACUAAAGUUUCAAGCGUUAAUCAUUCACUCCAAGAAUCGGACUUGAGAAAAAAAUUAUUAAGCAGACCAGGUAUACUAGGAACAAAGAAGGGAAUGAUUACAUGGUAUAUGGAAGAUGGCCGCCAAUAUGCCGCCACUGUCAUAGAAAUUAAUUCUUGCGAAGUUGUGAAGCAUAAAACAAAAGAGAUUGAUGGCUAUAACUCAGUCUUACUAGGUCAAAUUGACAAACUUAAGAAUAUAAGUCCUAAUGAUUUGAAAAAGUUUCGGGAUGCUGGAAUUUCACCAAAGGCCCAUGUUGCAGAGUUUAGAGUUAGAGAUGAGUCAGGUUUAAUUCCAGUGGGAACAGAAUUACGGGCCGAUUACUUCGCCGUCGGUCAAUUGGUGGAUGUAAAUGGAGUAACUAAAGGUAAAGGUUUUGCAGGUGUCAUGAAGAGACAUGGCUUCAAAGGUUUAUCAGCUUCUCAUGGUGUUUCAAAAGCUCAUAGAUCAGCUGGUUCCACGGGUGCUUCACAAGAUCCUGGUAGAGUGUUGCCUGGCAAGAAAAUGGCUGGUAGAAUGGGAGGAAGAAAUUGUACAGUGACAAAUGAAGUUCUCCACGCAGAUGGAAAUGCAGGGAUAUUGGUACUCAAGGGACAAAUACCAGGACCCAAUGAAAGUUACGUAAAAAUCGGAGACUGCAAAAAGCUUUACGGCAAAUCAUUAAUCCGUAUGAAACGUGCUUAA